AUGGAAAUUAAAAAUCACUCCAAAAACAAAUGGAUGAUGGUGAUAUUUCACACUCCAAACAACCCAAAAUACACAUUUUAUUUCGAUCCACAAGUUCUUUACUUAAGACCAAGAUUAUCUUCAAUGCAUACCAUGACUUGUUUUAUGACAAUUCAUUGCACAACUAGAAUCAGAGACUUGAGAAUACCAUACUCGGUCUGGGUAACAUCUUCAAGAAGCACAUUAGAAUUAGUUGCAUCAUUAUUGAAGAAUAAAAGUUUUGAGAAUUGGAUUGAAGAUGAUAGAAAGAAGAUGGAAAGUCUUUGUAAAAAUAUAAAAAGGCGGCACUAUGAAAAUUUGGUUAUAACAACAGAUGCCAUGAAUACAGUCCAUUUGGAUAUGGACGAGUUGAAUAUGUCAGAAAAUCCAAAAAAUUGCUGA